AUGUCCCGCCCACUCCGCAUCGCAGUCCUUGAGUGCGACACACCGAUCCCACCCGUCGUCGCCAAGCACGGCAGUUAUGGAGACAUCUUCAAAAAACUGUUAACAGACGCCGCGGGGUCCACCAUUAAAGUAGAAGUCAGCAAGUGGCAUGUUGUCGAGAACCCAGUCUACCCCAACCCGAAUGAAUAUGAUGCUUUCCUCCUAACCGGAAGCAAACAUGAUGCCUUUGCGGAUGAUGGCUGGAUUUUGACACUGACGAAAUACGUCAAAGAUGUUGUUAAAUCCCAUCGCAAACCUGUCGUGGGUAUUUGUUUUGGUCAUCAAAUUCUUGCUCGCGCGUUAGGCGCGAGGGUAGGUCGUGGUGAGGGGUGGGAAAUCUCUGUCGAUGAGAUUACGCUCACGGAGACCGGGAAAGAGGUUUUUGGAAAGGAUAAACUGUAUUUACACCAAAUGCACCGGGAUAUCGUUUUCGAAACGCCGGAAGGCUGCGUCAAUCUUGGUUACAGCAAGCCUUGUGCUGUUCAGGGACUUUAUAUGCCUAAUCGACUGAUCAGUAUUCAGGCCCAUCCUGAGUUUAAUGAGUUUAUCAUGACGAAUCUCUUGACGGCGCGUCAUGAUAGUGGGGUCUUCGAUGAUGAGCUAUAUCAGGAUGCCAGUUCUAGAGCGGGAAAGCAACAUGAUGGUGAACUGCUUGCUCGCAGAUUUAUUCAGUUCAUUGUUGAUGCAGUGGCACAAGUAUAG